ACAAAAACCCUUCGUCGACAGAAGAAGAGAAAAAAAACCCUAGAAAGUAGAAACGAACGACGAUCAAAAAGAUGACGCAGAAGAGCAAUCAGUUCAAGGGCCAACAGAAGAGGAAAGCUAUUGCUCCUAAUCGCCAUGGCAAAUCCAUUCAAACUCGCAAAGGGAAGAGAAAUGUGAAACCAUCAAAAAUGACAAAAGAGAUGGACACUGAUCGGGAGCUUACCAAAUUCAUAAACCAUUGCAAUGAAGUGAAAGCAGCUAAUGCAGCUUGCAAAGAAGGUGGUCAACUUAAUAUCAUCAAAGCUGAAUCUCAAGCUGAGCCAUCCAAGAAAUCCUCCAAAUAGACAAAUCAAAACAACAAAUCGCUUUUCUUGUGUCUUCUUUUUGUUUCAAAUUUUUGUAAUCCUAAAUGCUAUAUGUUACCACCAGUUUUGUCUCAUACAAACAACGCAAUGUUUUCUGAUUUUCACCUAGAUAUUGAACUUCCAUACACUUAUGAAUUU